CUUCCUGCUUUUGGAUUCGGAUAGGGAGUUCCACAGCAGCCGCCCGCCAUGGUCCCCAGCUUUGCGAAUUCAUUCUGGAACUCACUCUGCCUGAUAACUGCUUCAGCACUUGCACACUCAGCCAUUUGCGUUUGCGAUCAAGGGCGAAAGCAAAUCAUUGAGCUGGAACAUGUGAGAACAGGAAGCAUGGUAGUUGAAGACUUGCUCAGACAACUGCCUGAGUCGGUCAGUAAAACUAUUCACCAGACAACAACACCGCACGGGACCAUUUUCCAAAGCCUGAUGCUUGUAGCAGCCUUGCUGAUGCUUGCUAGUGAAUUUCCAAAGUUCGAUUUUGUUCAGCCAAACUAUGACGUGGUGUUGAUUGGAUUUGAGUUUUGCCGGUAUAUUUUUCCAGCUGUUGGCAUAGUAAUGCUGGUCUUUAUUCCGAUGUCGCAUGAUUAUAUCCUCAUGAUCGACCGCUUCAAAAGACCGGGCUACCAGCUGACACAAGAAGAUCGUGCUGUCUUUUAUGCCAACAAACUUCAGGAGGAUAUGCAUCAGUUCGCAGGUAUGUUGGUUUUUGCAGCUACUCCGGCACUGGAAGGCAGGCAAAGUCCAAAACACCGCUAUGCUGUUGGUCGAGCUUUUGUUCAGUUCUUCGGGAAUGGAAUGGGAGACGAACUUGUCAAAUGGAGGGACCAAGAUGCAGCAUCAUCUAUGUGGCUUAUCCUUCUUGUUGCUCGUACAGUGAUGUUGCUUGGAGUACAUGUUUGCCUGUGGAACAUGGUGUACGAGUGGUACUGCGAGCCAACCGCACGAUUCUCCCGCAACCCGUACUACAUCUAUGAUGCCGAGAAAGCCCUUAUCAGACAUUUGCUCAACUACGUCUUGCUGGUGGGCAUGUCGAUAUGGUUCUUCAACUCCGGCCAUUUCAAGCUCUUGUCAUUCUUUGCCCAGCGAGGGCUUCUAGCAAUUGCUUUCUGUUCAGCGGUGCUCACAGUGUGCUACACCUUCCGUGUGCUUGAGUACUUGAUGUUCAAAGAGAGGUAUUUCCGCGAUGGCCGAUUGGAACGCAUUUUUCACCGAAUUGUGAAUAAGACGGAAAAGCGGAUGGACAAGUACACAGAGGAGCUGCACGAGCUUUUUGACAAGUGGUCAAAGUGCACCUACAAUGAGCUGGAUACUGAUAUCUCUGAACCUGAGUGCUGCUAAUGCUUUAGUAAACUGUUAGGGGCGGAGCGCA